UUCGAAUGAAAGAAAUUAACAUUUAAAGGAGAAACGGUAUGUAAUAGAGGGUGAAGUUUCAAAUGGAUCAAAGACGCAAUGGCGACGAAGUAGGUGCAACAAGAUCUGAUGAGACGCAGAUGACUUGCAAUUGUACUUGAACAAGAAGAUUAACGCGUAGAUAAUUAACAGCAAGAUCAGAUAGUUAAAUGUAGUCGCUAUCGGCGAAUUAGGCACUCGAAGAAUGAAAUGGCGAUACCAAAGCGAAUUGCAUUGCAUUCAGCAUUUCUUGGAGUUUUAAAUGUGCUUCGAAGCUAAUUUUUCCUCUGACAAACAGUGCCAAUUUGCAAAAUGUGCGUAUCGAGUUCGGAUUUGUCCGUGGGUGUGUCGUUCUUUUGAGCCUCAGAGUAAACGUGAUCCAAAAUGGUUCAUAAAAAUGUUGCUUUAUUGCCGAACAACCUUUCAACAUACUGCGUCACGUCAAUAUCAACUUUCAAUCUGCGGUUCUUCCCAUCUUUGUGUUUGUAAGAAUGAACCGUGCAACUAUCUUGAAUUUCAUUCGUGACGUAUAUUGUAUUCAGCUCGGAUGUAUCAAGUUCUUUCGUGCCUCAGAGCAAACGUGAUUCAAGAUGAUUCGUAAAAAUGUUGUUUUAUUGCCGAACAAUCUUUCCAACAUACUGCGUCGCGUCAAUAUCAACAUUCAUUUUGCGGUUCUUCCCGUCUUUGUUUUCAAACAGUGAAACUAUCGUAGAUUUCAUUCGUGACGAAUCGUAUCGAGCUCGGAUGUAUCAAGUUCUUUUGAGCCUCACAGCAAACGUGAUCCAAGAUGAUUCUUGAAAUCGUUGC